GUCAUCUUCAAUAUUCAAAAUACAAGAAAACAUAAAAAAGAAAGAAAAAGUAAAAAUGGAUUCGGGGCUAUCAUGGGCGGAUCAAUGGGACUACGACACCCCUGACCCUCCGCCGCAAUCGGAAUCGGAGAAAGACAAGGACAAAGACAAGAAUGGUAACAAGACCAAUCUUAAGAAGAAAAUAUUGAAUUUCCAGUGGAUGAAAGAUUUGCGCAAGAAAUCUCAAAAGUAACACAAAACAUUGUUGCAAGACCAACUUUGUUUAUAAUUCAUUGUUUGAUUCAUGUAAUUAUUUGUUGGUACUAUUCCAAUAAUCUUGAUUCAAUAAUAUUUUUCUUCCUUUUGACU